GGUUAAACUCGCGACAGAAAGCGACGCACGAAUUUUCCUCCGAGUUCUUCUAAUUUCCUUUUCCCUCUUUUUGCAACGGAAAACGAAGGAGAAAAACGGCGGAGGAGAUAUAGUUGUCCAAGUGUCGCCUACCUGAGCAUCAAGCAAAAUGUCGUACGACUACGAAUCCUACUCUGAGCCCCUUGCUGGGACGGGCAACAUGGAGUUUUCUGACAAGUCCAUUAGAAUGGGCUUCAUCAGGAAAGUGUACAUGAUCUUGAUGGCCCAGCUGACAGUGAUCUUCGGCUUCGUGGCGCUGUUCAGCCUGAAUGCGGACGUCAAGACCUUCGCGAGACAGACAUCGGCGCUGUUCUACGUGGCCCUCGUUGGCACCCUGGUUUGCAUCAUCGCACUCUCCUGCUGUGGGAGUCUUCGGAGGAGGACGCCCCACAAUUACAUCUUCUUGGGGUUGUUUACGGUGUGUGAAGGCCUCUUGCUUGGCAUAGCAGGAGGAGCUUUUGACAAGAUGGAGAUCCUGAUGGCUGUGGGCAUAUGCGUGGUGGUGACGCUCUCGCUUACCCUCUUCGCUUUCCAGACAAAAAUUGACUUCACAGCUUGCGGCAUGUUCAUAUGGGUGUCCCUCAUCGUUCUCAUAAUGUUCGGUAUCCUGGCCAUCAUCUUCCAAAAUAGGAUCCUGAACCUUGUGUACUCGAGUGUGGGUGCCCUACUCUUCUGCUUCUACCUGGUGUUCGACACGCAACUCAUGAUCGGAGGAAACCACAAGUUCUCCAUCUCACCUGAGGAAUAUGUCUUCGCUGCCCUCACCCUCUACCUGGACGUCAUCAACAUCUUCACGUACAUUCUCUCCAUUAUCGGGAAUAGUCGAAGUUAAGGACACAAAGGGGAUGACCAGUGACGGUACUAGCUAGUUGGCUUGAAGACACGAGGGAAAUGUACUUUGCAGUUGGAAUCCUCUGGAGUGAACAAUUUUUUUUUUUUUUUUUUUUUUUUUUUUUUUUUGAUUGUUAGUGCAUAUUUUCUAUUUUGACAAAGAUUGUUGUUUUUGUACUUGUUUUUGUAAUAAUCUAAAAGACAUGUUUUUUUUUUUUUUUUUUCCUAGUUGUCUUUUUUAUCUGCUUUUUUUUUUUUAAUAGGCCAAAGAUUCAGUAUAUUUGUACACAGUACAGUAUACAUUAUUCUUUAUAUAGAGAUUUAUCUUACUUGAUACUUCAUUUUCAAGUCUAUAUAUUGAGUUACCCAGUUCAUUGAGUUUUCUCUGCAGGAACAGAUCAUUUCAGUAUCUGAAUGCAGAACACCUCUUGUUAUUUUAUGUACUGUUUUAUUCAGGUCCUUUUUAGUAUAAAUAAUGAAUUUAAGGUAAUGUGUGCUAAUGCAAACCACUGCAAGAAAAAAAAAUAACAAUGAGGUGUAUAUCUGUAUGUCCUAGGAUCUAGUGUAGGAUGCCAUCUUAUCCCAUAUCUGUUUGCUUCGUAGAUGACUAUAGUAUUUAACCCCCAUGUGAUAUCCCUCUGCGGCAAACGUAUAUACAUUUUGUCCGGGUCGUGUGUCGGUUUCUGGAACACCUUGCUAUUCUCCUGUUUUUCCCCUGCAUUUUUUUUUUUUUUUUUUUUUUUUCCUCCAAGGCUGCAACCUGAUUUUGAGUUUGUUUAUGCCGAGACACUGCGAGGAAAAGGGAGGUGGAAUGUGUUUCAUAUCCCCCAACCCACCACCCCCCAAGGUUUUUAUGUUGUAUGAUAGGCAGGAAUUGAGGAUCUUGUGCGAGUAAGAUGUGUGUUUUUUUUUUUUUUGUUUUUUUUGUUUAUGGUAAUUUUCAUGUACAUCUACACAUACCCCCCCCACAAACACACAUGCAUACUCGAACAUGAACAUGCACACAUUUUUUUUGCACUUAGGGAAGUAAGUUUUGAAGGAACUGCUUUAAAAGCUCAUGUAUACUUCCUUGUGAUACACUUAAUUAAAAGCACAAAGUGAUUACAUUUUCUGUAACAUCAAGAAAGAAAUGUUAUUUUGUAAUUAAUAUGCAUUUCAAAAAGGGAUUUCAUUUGCAUAGUUGAUACUGUACCAUAUUUUUUCUUCUUUAAUGUCCUAUUGCCUUCUAAUUUUUGAAAUAUUUUUGAUUUUGAUUUUCUUUUGUACAACGACAAGCUUGUGGAUUUACAAAGCUUGAAAAAAAGAAGAAGCUAAGGAAAGAUAGAUAAGAAGUAAAUAAGGAGAAAAAGAUACUGAAUAUUAUAUGUCCCUUCCAUUGGCAAGAUUAAAGCACUCAUAGCCAAACAGUACUUUGUAUUUUACGAAUGACUUGUGUGAGUAGGCAAGGUCCAGAAACGGAGACAAAGGGAAAUGGUGAAUGAAUGAAUGGAGAAUGAGAGCGAGUGUAUAUGAAAGCUUAAACAGUUGUUAAAACUAAAUGGUCUCAUUAAAAUUCGUCAUAUACCCAAGACUACAGAUUGUAAUGAAUUGACAUUUUGUAGCGAGAGGUCUUUUUAAUUUCCAGUGCUCAUUUUAUCAUAAGUUACAAUUCAUUCUCUCUUGUUUAGUAGAUGUGAAUGUUACUGUAAAUGAAGGGAAUAGUAUUAAGGGCCUGAAUUAUAAAGUGUAAUGUAUAGGUUAAGUGAUGUUUUUUUUUUCUGUAUGUAAAUGUAUCUCUCUCUAUAUAUACAUUUUUUUUUUUUUUUUUUUUCCAAUAAUGAACAUUGGGUUCAGUGGCAUUCCAAGGUGAAACAUUAGUCUCGUUUAAGUUUAUUGGGUCAGAGAAGAUAAUGAGAUAUUCAGCUUCAGUGAAUGAUUGUCUGUAUCUACAUUCAUAUUUUUUCACAUUUCUGUCCGUGCAGAUUUGAACGGUGAAUCAGAUGAUCAUAUCAAAAAGUACCUACCAAAGGAUAUUUUUGUAAAAGGAAAGUAAAGAAUAUUUUUCUCUCAAGUGACUUCUAUGUAUCAUUAAGUAUUUUAAGGAGAUUUUAGUCAUAAACCCAUGAAUGUCCAUUGAUGCUGUCCUAAAGACAAUUGAUAUGAAUUGAUUCGCAAACACAAAUUACCUGUAUCGUUUUAUCUUUUUUCUCACAGAUCCUUUCAAGUUAUACGAUACGCAUAAAGAUUCUAGUCUGAAAGUAUAAAAGAACAAGAGAUUGUUAUUUGAUAUUAAGAUUAGGAAGGACUAUGGAUAGAAUAUAUAUAUAUAUUUUCUCUGAUCCAUUUUAUCAGAAAGUAAGUCUCAAAAAUGUUAAGUUGUCUAAGGGAAGAAGAAGAAAGUGUUUGUGAUGAGAGGGUAGAAUGCAAAAGAAAGGUAUAAUAGAUAUGAUUUGCAGACUACAAGCUGGAAUGAUAGAAUGGUCUGCUGUAUACUGUAGUUUAUCCUGUGUAAUUUCCUUUGUGAAUGUUUCGUGUCUGCAGUUAGGCACCACUUAUAAUAUGAAUCUUGAAAUAUCUCACCACUUGAAUUUUGUCAUUUAAUCUCUCUCCAAUUCUAAGACUGUAUUUUUUGCUUAUAAACAUUUCUUUGUCCCCUUGACAAAGACUGUGUCUCUCUCUCUCUCUCUCUCUCUCUCUCUCUCUCUCUCUCUCUCUCUCUCUCUCUCUCUCUCUCUCUCUCUCUCUCUCUCUCUCUCUCUCUCUCUCUCUCUCACGAUCUGUAGCUUUGUCAUAAACCUCUGUACUUUAACAGUAUAAUUAUGUUUGCAUGUUCUUUAAAGGGAUUGUCACAUUUAGCCAAAUUUUCUUGGUCUGCUAAAGAGUAUAUAAUAUAAGCUUUCAUAUAUCAUGUUAGAUUUAUUCAGUGUUCUAUGCCAUUUUGGAGUCUUUAAUAUUUUGCUCCAUUUGAAUAUAUUAUCAUGAUAGUAUCAGAAUUAUUACUGAUUAAGUCAUUUUGAUUGUAGUUUGGAUAUGAAUAUUUUGUAUGUGAGAAAUUAAAAAUUGCUGAAUCAGAGUGAACAACAAAAAAUUUAACAAAUUGUUCAUGUUUGUAUGUUAAGCCUGUAUUCAGGAAAAGGAUGGAUAUAUUUUGGCAUAUUUUGUCUGUAAAAUGAAAAAAUAUUUUUAAAAAACCCAAGAAAAGUUGUCUCUAUUGGAUAACCCCAGAAAUCAGAUUCAUACUAGAUUCUUCAACAGAGGGUGCAAAAAGUCUGGGUUACAUUUCUAUCGUCAUCAUUACACUUCUGUACAUCUGGCUUAAGAGUUAUUUCAUCAUGAUAUUACACAUAUAUUGCUUGGUUAUGAACCUCCGAAGUGCCCCAUACUUUACUAGUGUCCAAAUUUAAGGUCCCACUGAAGUUACAGUCAAGACCUGUGACAGUAUUCUCCUUGAGGUCAUCAUCCAAUCAACUUUAGGCAUCUACAAAUUUCUUUUGCCUUGCAUAUCUUGCCCACCAUUUCCUAGGGUGGGAAAGAGGCAUGUCUCGUCACCUAUAUAAGCUUGAUGUCAUGAGACCGUAAUGAAUAGAAAUGUCAUUGUGUGCGCUGUUUGCUUCCCCUAAAUGCCUAAGAAACCCUCCUGUGACAUUUUAGGUGACUUCCUGUGGUGGAUAUUGUAGAGAUAGAAAAGUCUCUUGUAGCCUGUAAGCAAUGGAAAAUAUUCAGGAGCGUAGGCAUAUUAUAAGAUUUAUUUGUUAUGAAGGUAAAGAAGUGUUUUAUUUUCAACUUCUAUACAUAUUUUGUUAUAUUAGCAGUGUUUUGCCUCUGUGAUUAAUCUUUGCAUAAUGAGAGUUUGGAUUUUGGUUCAAGGACACUGCUGCUUGCUUCUCAGUUCUUGUAAAUAAAAGUUCUUGAAAGUU